AAGCCGCGGGCGACUCUCCCCGCGAGCAGCGUGACCGACUCGGGCUCCCGUGCAGGGGGGAGGCGGAGGCAGCACAGGGCCUGCGGGAGGAGGGCGCGAGUGGCCGGAGCUGGCUUUGCAUCACCGAAGCUGGGACCUGGGCUGUACAGCAGAAUGGCAGACAUGCUGGGACUGAUGCAGAGGCUGGAAUUCGCCGUCAGCCGGCUGGAGCGGCUGUCCGCAGGGUUACACGAACCUCACGGAGGCUAUGGGGAAGUUAACGGCCCCAGUAGAGGCGUAGUAGCACCAUCCGUGGAAGCCUUUGACAAACUGAUAAACAGUAUGGUGGCAGAGUUCUUAAAGAACAGCCGAGUCCUUGCUGGCGACGUAGAGACUCACGCGGAAAUGGUACAUGGUGCUUUCCAGGAACAGCGUGCUUUUCUUCUCAUGGUCUCUCAGCACCAACAACCCCAGGAGAAUGAAGUUGCUGUCCUUCUGAAACCCAUAUCGGAGAAGAUUCAAGAAAUACAGACAUUCCGCGAGAGAAACCGGGGCAGCAACAUGUUCAACCACCUCUCAGCAGUCAGCGAGAGCAUCGCCGCCCUGGGGUGGAUAGCCGUGUCUCCCAAACCUGGUCCAUAUGUCAAGGAGAUGAACGACGCCGCCACCUUUUACACUAACAGGGUCCUGAGGGACUACAAGCACAGCGAUCUGCGCCACGUGGAUUGGGUGAGGUCCUACCUCAAGAUCUGGAGCGAACUGCAAGCCUACAUCAAGGAGCACCACACCACAGGCCUCACUUGGAGUAAAACAGGUCCUGUAGCAUCCACAGCAUCGUUUUCCAUUCUCUCCUCUGGGUCCGGUCUCCCUCCACCACCGCCUCCUCCUGGACCACCUCCCCCUUUUGAGAACGAGGGCGGAAAGGAGGAGCCCUCCCCAUCUCGCUCAGCUUUGUUUGCCCAGCUAAAUCAGGGAGAAGCCAUCACAAAAGGGCUCCGACAUGUCACCGACGACAAGAAAAUAUACAAGAAUCCCAGCCUGAGGGCCCAAGGACAAAUUCGAUCUCCAACCAAAACCCGCACGCCGAGCCCCGCAUCUUCAAACUCGAAUUCUCCUCAGAAACAUCCUCCAGUGUUGGAGUUGGAAGGGAAGAAAUGGAGAGUGGAAUACCAAGAGGACAGGAAUGACCUUGUCAUCUCAGAGACUGAGCUAAAACAAGUGGCGUACAUUUUCAAAUGUGACAAAUCCACUCUUCAGAUAAAGGGGAAAGUAAACUCCAUCACCGUCGAUAACUGCAAGAAGUUUGGCCUGGUGUUCGACCAUGUGGUGGGCAUUGUGGAAGUGAUCAACUCCAAGGACAUUAAGAUCCAGGUAAUGGGGAGAGUGCCAACAAUCUCCAUUAAUAAGACAGAAGGAUGCCACUUGUACCUCAGUAAAGAGGCGCUAGACUGUGAGAUCGUGAGCGCCAAGUCGUCCGAGAUGAACGUCCUGGUCCCUCAGGGUGACGAUUAUAGAGAAUUUCCCAUUCCUGAGCAGUUCAAGACGAUAUGGGACGGAACCAAGCUCAUCACCGAACCUGCAGAAAUCAUGGCCUGACCUCCAAGAGAUAUCCUUCCCCGAGUCCCUCCAGCCGGCAGAAGCAAACAGCUAAUAGGAGCUAGAUUUCACCAUAGCCCCGGCGUCCAUGUCAGCGUCCUGCAGUUCUGUGCCGUGGAAAACAGUAUCUUUUCUGGCAGGCUCUUAUGGGCGUUUUGAAAUAUUUACCAUUUGGUCGUGCUUUGUGUGUGACUUUUACUUCCACAUGAUAACUAGUGAACACAGCAGAGUGAGAGAGAAAAGGAUUCUGUUCCCAUCGGAUCACGCACCGUGAUGCCCAUUUUGUCCUUUCGGUUUAAUCGCUAGUUGGAAAAAAAAAAAAAAAAUGAAGCCUUAGA